UGUAUAAAAGUCACUAUAAUUAACCACAUUGCCACAUUUCAUUUCAGAGCCUUACGUUGAUAAAAACCACAGCCCAUGUCACUCAGAUAGUUAGUUUGAUUGUAAAGCUAUUGAUCCUAUAAACAUCUUCUUCAAUCAUUGCAUAGCACCGCAGUUGUGCUUGUGAUCCUUUGUAUAAACACUUGGCUGCUCAUAGGACCAACUAAUCUUUACGCAGAGAGGUGGUUCCUUUCUUCUGUUCAUUCUCAGGUCCUGGACUGGAGUGUGCUGUUAAUCUUUGGCAUAUGAUCCAACUCUUCUGCUUACCUUUACAGAACUUCCGGUAUAUAUCCAUCAGGCAUAUAUUGUUCAAGUGCCUCUGCUUACUUUUAGACCAAAGAUUCUUCCUUCUGUUGGAAAAACAUUGAGUCAGACAAAAUGCCGGAAAUUCCAAUAGUAGAUGCCGUUGCUGAAGAACUUGUGAAAUAUUUGACGGAGGCAAUCCAGCGUGAAAGCAGAUAUGCCAUUCAAUUUCCAAACCUGUUCACAGAGUUGAAGGAACAGCUGAAAUUUAUGCAAUCAUUUGUGGCUGAUGCAAGCAAGCUCAAAGACGGGCAAGAAACAGUCAAGACAACCUUACAUGGACUGCAACAACUGAUCUACGAAGCAGAUGACCUCGUUGUUGAUUGCCAGAUUCGAGAAGAUUACAUAAAAACGGAGGCUAGUUCUUGCAACCCUUGUCUUUCAGAGAUAAGCUUCCGCUAUCGAACAGGAAAGAAGCUGACAGAAAUCACCACCCGAAUUAAACGUAUGGGUGAAUACUUGAAGUCCUAUUACACCCCAAGUCAGCGUUCAAGUAGUGAAAAUGGCAAUGACACAAAGAGGCGUUGGACUGCUCCGCUUAUCGACCAAUCUGAAGUCGUCGGCCUAAAAGAAGAUGUGGAGAAAGUCAGGGGCUGGAUUCUUGGUCAGAAUGAACCGCUGCUGCAUCUUGCAAUUGUGGGGCUGGGGGGUUUGGGUAAAACCACCCUUGCAAAAAUGAUCUACAGAGAUGUGAACCUCACGAGACGCUUCCAGGAGAAAAUUUGGGUUUCAGUUUCUCAACCUGUCAAAGAGGACGAAAUCAUGAAAAGCAUGUUGAAGCAACUCAAUGCAGAUGGCAGCGGAUCCCCUAAAGGCGACAUGCUGAGUACAAUUCAUGGAUUGCUUUCAGACAAAGCAUACCUGAUUGUCCUGGAUGAUGUUUGGAGCACUGAUGAUGGUUGGUGGGAACGGAUCUCUGGUGGGCUACCCGUGAAAGAGGGCCACAACAGCUGCAUUAUCAUCACAUCAAGAAUAAAGACGGUUGUCAAGAAUAUGGGAGUUCAGGAUGCACAAAUUCAUCAACCCAGAUAUCUUAAUGAUGAAGAGAGCUGGAAAUUGUUUUGCAAAGUUGCACGCGUGUCUGAAGUUGAUGAACAAAACACCAGGUUAGUUGAAGAAGGAAAAGAAAUUGUUAAAAAAUGUGGGGGCCUUCCCCUAGCAAUCAAGACCGUCGGUGGUUUACUCUCAUCGGAGGAGAGGUCUUCCAUUAAGUGGAGGAGGAUCCGCGAGACCUUUCUUCAAAAGUUAACGAGUAUAGAAGGCAAUUGUUCGGAGGGUAAUCCGCAUGUGAUUGCCUCUCUGCAGCUAAGCUAUGACGUGCUCCCUGCUUUCUUGAAACCAUGUAUACUGUGCUUCUCGAUUUAUCCAGAGGAUUAUGAAGUUGAUGUUGACCAGCUGAUUCGCUGGUGGGAAGGAGAAGGAUUUGUCCGCGGCAUGAGCUCAGAAACUGCGACAGAAUCUGCUUUCAAGUCAUUGUCAGAACUUAUCAGUCGGUGCCUGGUUGAAGUAGCUCAGCGAAGAUACUUUGAUGGCAGUUUUUAUACCUGCAAGGUGCAUGACAUGGUCCGAGAUUUGACAAUUAAAAUAGCAAGAGAAGAAGAUUUCUGCAGCUUCGAUGCGAAUAGAAAUCAUAUUGCUGAUGUUGGCUCUCGCCGACUUGGAGUCACAGAAGAGACAAAGUUACAGACCCUGCAUGGAAACUCAAAGCUCAGGGCACUACUUCUAACGAAAACUGAUUACAUCGGUUUCAAUAGAAAAAUUGAGCUGGCCAAAGUCAGGUCUCUCAGGGUACUGGACCUCUCACGUGUCAAACUAGACAGAAUUCGUGUAGAGGAUCUUUGGCAAUGGAUCACUUCCCUGAAGCGCCUAGCUUAUUUGAGCCUCAGGCAUGUUGCGAAGCUGUUAGAAAUUCCAAACUCAAUAGGUAAAUUAUGGGGCCUUCAAGUUCUGAUUCUGGGAGAAUGCAAGGAUCUCAAAAAGCUUCCCACAUCAAUCAUUAACCUUCCAAGAUUAAUUAUCUUGGAUGUUGGUAAUUGCCCAAGUCUUCGGUGUCUACCACAAGGAUUUUCGAACCUUUCCAAACUCCAGGAGCUGUAUGGAUUUAAGAUAGCUGGUACUGGGAAAGCUUCUGGUUCCCACCUUGCAGAGCUGAAGGCUCUGACUGAACUUCGUGUCCUGCAGAUAGACAUAACUGAAGAUAGCGCUAUUGAGGAUCAGGAAUUGGGUGCGUUGGAACUGCUGGAGAAACUAAAGCUAUUGUCCAUUAAUGCAGGUGAUUGCAAAGAUAAGAACAUUUUAAGCAAGUUGAAUAAAUUGUCACCCCCUUCUUCCAUUGAGGAAUUGUAUCUGAAGCAUUAUCUUGGAGAAACUACGCCAGCAUGGAUUAAUCCCAGGUCACUUCAACAACUGCAGUAUCUUUCUGUGGAGAACUCAGGAAUAGAAAAGAUGAACCAAGAAUUUUGGGGAGACCAACAGCAUAAAUGGGAUGUCAAAGGGUUGUGUUUAAAGUUCUGCCAAAGACUUGAGGUGUCAUGGAAAGAAUUCCAAGAAGUGAUGCCUGAGAUCAGACGCCUGGAGGUCAGCCAAUGCAACCUAUUGGCUUCAUUUCCUUGUGAUGUUGAGGCUGUUGGGGUCUGGUGCAAGGACGACAAGGAAAAAAAAUGUGAGUCAGAGAAUGUAUUCAGUCAAGAAGAUUGAAAGCAGCAAGAUGACAUGGUGUGAUCUUGGACAAGCAUUUUAAAGUUUGAAAUGAUCUACCUCCUACUUCUUGGACAAUAUGUAUGUUAUGAUCUGGAUUUGUAUCUGUAUUUGCUUAACAGUCAUUAGCACGUUUUUCUCUUCCAGUUUGAUCAGGUAAUUCUAUGUUUGUGCUCAAAAAUGUACCGCAGAACUAUAACUGUGCUUGCUGAAAUAAGACAUCGAUGAUUUUGAGAUUUUUUA